CCCGGACAUGGAUGCUGCGCAGCGCCAGGCCCGCCGCGCCCCGCCCCCGCCUCCCGCAGUGCGCUCAGCAGCGGCGUUUGAGCCGAGCCGCUCGCCGUAGUGAGGAGCCCGUGUGCCGCGCAUGCGCAGUAGGGGCGCCGCAGUGGGUGCUCGGCUCGCGGGACGGAAGGACGGUGGUCGGCUCGCGCCGAGGAGAUAGAAUCACCAUGUCAUCUGCACUAUUGCCUAAGCCACAAAUGAGGCGCCUUCUGGCCAGACGGAUGAAGUUUCAUCUUUUUGGGGCAUUUUUUGUAUCUGUGGGAUGUGCAGCUUUGUACAAGUUUGGUGUUGCUGAACCCAGAAAAAGAGCUUAUGCAGAGUUCUAUAAAAACUAUGAUCCCAUGAAGGACUUUGAAGCCAUGAGAGCAGCUGGUGUGUUUGAGUCUGCACAGCCCAAAUGAUGGUAACCUGCAUUAACAGCUGCAUUCAGAACAGUUCUGUUUACGCAUGGAAGGGAGUGGAAGCUCUGUAUAAGACUUGCCUGACUUAGGAUAUUUAUUAUAUUGAUGCUGUCACAUCUUUAAUUGGAUAGUAUGCAACUUUCUAAUUCUACUACUGUCAUGCUCAUGGUGGUUUGGUGAAUGAGAAAAUGGAAAGGCUGUUUCUCUCUUGUAGCAUAGAUUUUAAAAAACAGAGACAACUUCCACAUAUCCUUUUGUCUUCCGAAGUUGAUGAGAGGGGAGAGACAACUAGUCAUGAGGAAAAAAAAUAUGUGUGUGUGUGUAUGUGUAUUUAAAAAAAUAAUGGUGGCAUACGGCCUCUUAUGUGAUAAUAGGUAUUCAGAUUUUCCCCUUACUGAAUUAAGCCUGAAUAGAACUUUGUUCAUGAUAUUAUUUUCCGAGCACUUAACACUGUGUUUUGUUCUAAGACUACCAAACUUCAUUCCCCCUUGCUUGCUAAUGCCAGGAAAAAAAAAAAACCUUGAUUUCAAUCUUGUCAUAACUGUUAAUAAGUAUGCUCACUCAGCUGCACAAACUCAUGACGUGACAGCUCAACGAAGAAUUCCUCCCCCCUUCUUCAUCCAUGUUUCUUGCAUUGAGUCCUCUGCUUCUCUUAAAAUGGCUUCAAACUAAUCUAGAAUGAUAGCUUUUUCAUUCUUUUGGAAUGUUUUUAUAUUGUGAUCACUGCAUGAUAAUCUGUGGCUCUAAUUAUCCUCGACAGCUGGAUUUUCUCAGCCUGUUUGGUUAAGGCAGCAAAAUGGAAUAAAACAUUUGUACUUAAGAGUAUUAAUAAAAAGUUCUGUUGUGUGACAAUCUAUGGAUAUCUGGUUUCUGCGUAACACUAUUACAUAAAAGAAGCAUAGCUUCAGCUCUUCCAGUAGAUAUAAAAAAAGACGGCAGUCCCUUUGUUAUUUUUUCUUAAGGAAAAUUUUUCUAUUCUUUAGCUAUGAAUACAGAACAGAGAAAUAAUGAAAUGAUAAACUUACCGUUUUAAAAUGUUGGUAUUUCUGUCUCUAGUUCAGUCCUAUUGCUAAUAUAUAGGCGCUUUUAAACUUUUUUAGGCACUGGAAUUACAUUCUUUAGCCAGGUGGCCUUCAUCAGAAUAUUUUGUCAACAAAGAUGCAUGUUAAAAUUUAAUUGCAGUCUUGAACAGUAUUUUUCAGUGCAAAUUGAGCUCUGCUCUCAGUUGAGUUGUGCUCCUGUUUGCAGCUAAAAGAAAUCAAGUUGCAGAUUGUGCACACCUUUUAACAUUAAAAAUUUCCCAAACAGUUUUUCCAUUCCUCUAUUACACCAGCUUAAAAGAAAAUGUGAAGGACAAAUUUUCAUAUGUCACUUUGAAUUGUGCCUCUUACCCCUUAUUUUAUAUAAAUAAGAACUUUUUUCAGUCCUUCAUAGUUGAAAGACAGAUUUUUUUUUUUUUUUUUUUAAUUUCAUGCCUGGGUAGAGCAGCACAUGAAUACCUAAGUAUAAGAGGGAGAAGGCAAUGUGAGUGUUUCCAGUGUUUAAAAAAGACUGUGGAAAGGGCAAGUACACAAAAUAGAUGGAAGACAUUUCCAUUUGACUCAGUAGCUUAAAUGUUAGUUAUGAAAGUUGGGCUGAGGUUAAAUUUUAUGCUUUUUUGGGGGUAGUUACCUAAAAUGUACAGUGUUCAUGCAUAUUCUACAUCUGUUCUAAUUUUAUUGGAGUAUGUCUUAUGAUGUAUGGCAGUAAAUUCAGUGAUUUAACUUCAUUUAAAUACUCACUCUAUAAUUCAGUACUUGCCCCACAAAUUGAGGAAAGGGUGGGCAGGGAGGAGCGCCUCUUUAGUUAAGGUGUUAGCUUGGAACUCAGUACUGAGUUCGUUCCUGCUUGGUGUGUAGAGAACUUGGUAUCUGAGCGUGAUUUUACAAUGUUUUAGCUAUUCGGUACAGGCUUUGUGUGGUGGUACUGAUAAUGUACAAUGCAAGUGUGACAAUUGGUGAGGAGUAUCCUACCUCUACAGUGUGUUCAGUAAUGUAAUAAAGGGGGCAAGCUAAAGAGUUUGGCGCUAACCACUUGCAUGACUCUUGUCAUGGAGUACAGCUGGUCUUGGAUUGUGUCCAGUAUGUGGAGAAGCAAUUUGAAUUUGGUUUUCUUCCUUCCUUGGUAGAUUGCCUACACCACUUGUUUCUUCCCUGGCUCCUCUCUGAAAGUUGCAUUCUUUUCUCUUUCAGGCCCUUAAUGCUUAUCAAGAUUGAUUCAGUUAUCAGUGCGGCAUGUAUAGUGAAUCUUAAGUGCUGUGCAGUAUUGUUCCAGCUUUUGAUUUGUUCCAUGUUUCACUUCUGUUUGCCACAUGAAGUGUGUGUGACUCUUAAACCAUCAGGAAAUAACAAGGGGAAUUCCUCUAGACUAAACCACUGCAUAAACAUUUCCCUCUCUUGCUUUGCAUUCAUACAUACUAAUGUGUUUAUUUAAAGAGUAAGAAGUUUGACCAACUUAACAUUUUUUUUUUUAUCUUGCAGAUUCCCUUCAAUCUAAGGAGACUUGAUGGUCGAACCUUACUUGUUCACUGAAUUAUAAAGAAGUGUAAUGCACUUCAAUCCGUGACAA